AUGAAGGAAUACAGAUAUGUAACCCCAAAAUACAUGAAGGAAUUCGUUGUUAAGCCACCUUGCAAGAGGCCACCUCUUGCACUUGGACAGACUGUUGACCCCAGAAGCAUCAGAAGGGGUGAAGAUUUACUCGCGGAAUGGGCAAAACAUCAAGCAAAAUUGAAGAAGUGGGCUCAGAAGGCUGUUGAGGAAUUCAACAGAUCCUCAAAGGCUUCAGCUAAAGCUGGUGCCAGUGCAAGUGCCAGUGCGCCUAAGAAGGCUAUGCAGAAAAAGCCGGCUCAAAAGCCAAAGCCGUCAGCACCAAAGCCCUUAGUGGUGAAGCCUUCAUCUUCCAAAGCUUCUGCUCCCAAGGAUAAUGCACAGUCGUCAGCACCUCCAACAGCCACUAGCUCUUUAGUGGCUACUGCAAAAGCUUCAAUGCCAGUAGUUCUCGCAUCUUGCCAGGGCAAUCAAGGCUUUCCUACAGCCAACAUUGCAGCAUCAAGUGCCUCAGCUAGUGGUCAUACUUCAUCAAACACACCCAAGCUGAAGAUCAAGGCCACUGCAGGCCAUGGAAUCAGACCCAACCCUAAGAGCAAGGUCGUAGUGCCUCAGCCUGACGAGAGUAACAUGGCUGAUGAAGAUGAGUUUGUUGAGUUCAUUCAAAGAAGAGCUGAACAUGCUGCUAUUGCCAAGAAUUCUUUGGUUCCUCUUGUGCUUGAUCCAAAGAAGAUUCUAGAUUUAUCUUAA